AUGAUGGCGGCAGCGGGAUGCGGAUCUGCUACCGCGGCUGCCGUAGGAGGCCAGGGCGGCUCUGUUCCAGCCAGAGGACGCUUUCCCGGGCGGCCGUGGUCUUCUCGCACUCGUUUGCGCUCAGAGAAACGGUGGCAGCUAGGGCGAUCAGGCUUAGAGGCUGAUGAUGUGACAAAUGGAGGCCAAAGGCCCCCAAACCUCGUCCUGUCGUUAAACGAAGAGCAGUCCCACUUGCGCUUACUGGGGAUAGAGCAGAGCCACCAGAGCCUCCAGGCUGGAUACAGCUCAAGUGGGAGCGAAGAGGUGAGGUCCCAAACCCACCCAGGAGUGGAUGAUUUCAAAGGCUUUGGCUCUGAGAAAAAGGGUUCCAAAGCAUUCCGACAAAACCUUCUUAAAGGUGACAGCGUCAAAUUGAGAAGUCGAAUGGAGAGGGUACCUGUUUCAGCCUCGGUGGAUACAGAGAUUAAGAAGGUGUCAUCCCCUGGUAAAAGUAAAAGCUCAAAACCAUCAUUUCUAAUACAACAAGUUUGUGCUGCGCUUGAAAAGAAAGAAGAGCUUCAUAAAGACGCGAAAGAAGCCGCUGUAGAAGACGUAAAACCUGCCACUGGAGAAAACGUGAAACCAGCCACUGUAGAUGACGUGAAACCUGCCACGACAGAACACGUGAAACCUGCCACGACAGAAAACGUGAAACCUGCCACGUCAGAACACGUGAAACCUGCCACGACAGAACACGUGAAACCUGCCACGACAGAAAACGUGAAACCUGCCACGUCAGAACACGUAAAACCUGCCACAACAGAAAACGUGAAACCUGCCACGUCAGAACACGUGAAACCUGCCAGCACAGAACACGUGACACCUGGCACUACAGAACCGGUGACAUUUGUAGAGGAGAAGAAAACAUCAGUAGGAGAAAAGGAGGAGCCCACAAGACUGCUGAGGAGAAGAACAACAUCAAACACGGAGGUUCCCCAAAAACCUGUUAACCAAAAGCCGGUGACAGCUCCAAAAAGAAGAGGUAGGGCAAAUGCAAAGGAAAAGGAAAUCACCCAAAAACCAACCAAGGAGAGUGCAGUGGAGGAUUCAAGUACAGAAGUUGUCAUUCCGGAAAAGCCUUGUGAAGAUUUGACUCCAAAAACUCCAGUAACUGAGGAGGUGACCACUGUCGAUGCUUCUGAAAAUGCUGAAAAGAAUUCCUUAGAAAUAUGCAGUCCUGCUGCAGAACAAGUGCCAGAUAACAACUCUCAGCCCGAUGCGGAGAAAGACGUCGAAUCGCUUUCCAAAGAGGCCAAACCAGCGCCUGCGCCUUCUAAAACGAAACCGAGACGAUGCCGGAAAAAUACGGUUACACGGAAAAGGAGGUCUGUGCAAAAAAAGACAAGUAGCGUGGUGACUGCAGAGGCUGCCCCAGAAGUGUUUAUAGACACUGUAUCGGCCAUAGUGGAAAGCGUCAUCUCUGAAGCGAUGCAAAAAGACAGUCUUCCCCUGCUAACAGAGAGCUCUUCCGUUGAAAUGAAGGAAUGUACACCUGCCGAAGCAAUACUGCCUAGUCCAGCAUUAGAAAAAAGCCCCACAAGCCCCACACAAGCAAUGAUGUCUGUCAAAGAAGAAAAUGAAAUCCAGUUAAUUGAUAUGCAGCCGCCUAUAGUCGCAAAUCAAGAAAAGAAAAAGGUGAACUCUAAAAAGAAAUCCUUGAAAAAAUUUAAAAAGCGGCGCAAGAGUUUGAUUGGACAGCGACAGAAGCCCAGGCAAAGAAACCGAAACGGGAAGUUCAUAGGCGAGCCCUCCAUCAAUGCAGUUCACGAGAAAAAGAGUACAUUUCCCAAAAAGCUUUCAAUACGUGCGUCCUCCACAAACAACAAGCUCAUUGGGGUGAAUAAAACGUUCAAGAAAAGGCCGCAAAACCUUCACAUUUCCCAAUCCAAACGAUCUAAAGCUGCGAAAAUAAUUUCUAAGAUCAUGGCGAUGGAAGAAGCCAGUUUGAAGCAGGAGGAGAGCGACACUUUGGUGGACUCUUCGCGUGGGGACGGGGCCGAAGCCGAAGCGCAGCCUGGGAAAUCCAAGUUUGUGAAGAACAUCAAACAUUUCAUUAUGCCUGUGGUGAGUGCCAGAUCUUCACGUGUGAUCAAGACCCCGCAGAGAUUCAUGGACGACGCUGGGAUGUCCGUGCUGCCGCGAAGACACUCUCCGAAGAAAGGGCUACAGCUGGGCUUACCGACGCCAGUCCGGCCGAUGAAGAGGAAAGACGAGGAUAUUCUGAGAGCGAUAUCCCCAAUCCUUCCCCUCGACGACGAAGACUUCUUAAGCGAAGCACAGCUGGAUGUCGACCUGUUUUCAGCACAGGAACUUGAAGACGCCUCCUGCAUUUCCGACAGCCUUUUCUCUGAGAAGAAAAGCGGCAAGAACGAAAAGGAAAGCUUCUUGAAGAAUUCUAGCUUCAAAUGGCCAGACGAGUUCGACAAUAUCUACACACUUGACAAAGCGCAAGAGAACAAGUGUGACGAGCUGCUGUUGUUCCCCCCCGUUUCUCCAGAAGCACCGCCUGAGCUUCCCGAAACUCAGAAAAGUCUAAGUUUGUUCAACAAAGGAAGCAAGCAAGCAGAUCCCUUUUUCCAGAAAUUCAAAAAGCUUAACACGGGUCAUCCCAAGUCCAAAGAAGUAGACAGUGCUAUCAAAGCUGCUCCUGUCGAUCUGGCGGAAGGCUUGGACGAUGAGGUGAUGAGUAUUAGCUUAAGACAGCGGCAUACGGAGGUGGAGAAGGAAAAACCAAAACUCAAAAUAGAAGAUCUCAAUAGUCCCGGGGUUGUGAGAAAAGUCUGUAUAAAAAAUUUGAACUUGAAGACUAUUACUCUAGAAAAACAGCCAGUCAAAAGUUAUCAAGAUGAGAAGAAGCAGUCUCAACCUGCUGCCGAUGAGCCGGCAGCCACGGAAAAGGGCACUACGCAAAAAUCACGUCUCACCGGAGCCAAUAAAAGGAUGUUCAAUCUCCUGAAGAAAGCGAAAGUUCAGCUAUUCAAAAUUGACCAGCAAAAGCAACUCAAAACCACUACACUUCUAUCUACUCCAUCUGCCUCCAGACCCCGGGAUGGGACAGCUAAAAGGCAAAGGAGGAGGCAGAAGGUUCAGCCUGUCCCUGAGGUUCCAAUCAAGACCGAACCACCACAAGUCCAGGUCACGUCGCCUCUUUGCCAGGAGUUCCGUCACGCCGGAGGUCCCCGGAUCAAACACGUUUGCCGUGCAGCCUCUGUGGUCCUUGGACAGCCUCGGGCCCUGGUGCCUGAUGACAUUCCCCGACUUAGCGCUCUGCCUCUCCACGAAAGAACUGGCAUUUCUCCUUCCACAGACAUUAAAGAUAACGGGUCUCCUUCAGAAUCCGACAGCCCUGGGGCCUCCGAUCAGAAGGUCACAAAAGUAAAGAAAGGGUCUGCUUUGAUCAAACGCAAAGGGCUUGGACCAUUUGGAUAUCGUUCUCGGAGAUGUGGAGUUUGCAAAGGCUGCAACCACGAAGACGAUUGUGGGGGAUGUAUUAACUGCCUUGAUAAACCCAAGUUUGGGGGUCCCAAUACCAAGCGACAAUGUUGUGUGUUCAAGAGGUGUGAUCAAAUAGAAGAAAGAAAAGCCCGUAGAGGAACCGGAAGAACAGUCCCCAAAGGUGCCUCCAAGCGUCGACGUGCCUCCUUUAGCGGAGCUUGUUCAAGUAACGAUGAAGGAGGCGAGGGAACCGCAGACUCACCCUCAGGUCAGGCUGAUGGCAACAGUCCAUCUGUUCGGAAGCAGCCAAAACGUGUUGUGAAGCCCAAGGUUUACUUUGACCUGGUCGACUACGAGUCUGAUGGAGACGACAGCAAAGGGAACUCUGUUUCUCCGGCCAGAAGAAGAGGAGCUGGACCUCGAUUCAAUGAAGAUUUUGUCUCAUUAGAUGGAUUCUUGGGAGACAUUUCAGAUGAUGAAGUGAGACACAGAAAAUCUAGUUCACAUCGAGUUCCCAGUGGAAAGCGCAAACCUGACAAAAGUUCGUUAGAGGAGACACCCCCCAGUGUUCUUGCUGCUUUGGCUCAUGGCUUUGAGCAAAAUGAUCGGGAGUUGACAAAGCCCACUCACAAAAUCCGAGUGGAUUUCAAGGAGGACUGUACUCUGGAGAACGUGUGGAGCACUGGUGGCCUGAGCGUCCUCUCCUCUGCCCCCCUAACGCCUCCAUACGCGUGUUUCCUCUGUGCCAGCAAAGGGCAGCAUGAGAUGCUGUAUUGCCAAGUCUGCUGCGAGCCAUUCCAUCAGUUUUGCCUUGACCCGUCAGAGCGUCCCUCCAGCGAUAACAAGGAGAACUGGUGCUGUCGGCGAUGCAAGUUCUGUCACGUGUGUGGGCGAAAAAAUAAGCACGUAAAGCCGUUGUUGGAAUGUGAGCGUUGCCAGAACUGUUAUCAUGCUUCCUGUUUGGGACCGAAUUAUCCAAAACAAAAUAAGAAGCGAAAAUCUUGGGUGUGCAUGACCUGUAUGAGAUGUAAAAGCUGCGGAGUCACACCUGGGAAGAGUUUGGACUCGGAGUGGAACCACGACAAAGGCCUGUGUCCUGACUGUUCCACUCUCUAUGAACAGGGCAACUACUGUCCGAUCUGUUUCAAAUGCUACGAGGACAACGACUACGACAGUCAGAUGAUGCAGUGCGGCACUUGUAAUCACUGGGUCCAUGCAAAGUGUGAAGAUCUAACAGACGAGUUGUACGAGAUCUUGUCGAGCCUGCCGGAGAGCGUGGUGUACUCGUGCCGCCCGUGCAGCGUGACGCAGCCCAGCGCUUGGAGAGAGCUGCUGUACAUUGAGCUGCGGUCUGGGAUCGAGAAGGUCCUGGCGUGUCUGCUCUCCUCCACACUCACGCAGCACCUCGUCACAUGUUCACAGUGUGAAAAGUUGGUUGACCCCGAUCGUGGUGUUGAAGGACAUCCCGCCUGUGACCUCCGAGCUGUGGGAAAGAAGUUUGACAAAGGCCUUUAUACUACACUGAAAAUGUUUCACGAAGACGUAGUUCAAAUGGUGAGGAAACGACUGCAGCAGGAGGAGGAUCUUUCAGAGGAGAAGCGGCCCACGGCUCUGGCACGCUCUUACUACCUGAAGCUCCUCGAGGAAGUUUUUAAUUGGUUUAAUGGUCAAGAUCCAAAGGUGUGGAACCCAUCUACCAAAGACUUGCCGCGGGGCAUGCUCUCCAACGCCGUCCACCCGCCAACUACAGAACACGUUUACGCUCAAUGGCACGAGAGAGAGGCCCAGUCCAGGGUUCCUCUUGGGCGCCUGCAGGAAGAGAACAGUCAAAACCCUAAGAUUAAAGAAGAGCCCACUGCCACUGCCCUUGAGGAUCCAGUUAACCACUUCAAAUCCAGCAGAAUGUCACUAAUGGCAAGGCUGAAACUCAAAGGAAAAAGGGGUCGUCUCUCUAAAGCGGAUUUAGACACUGGAUGGACAGCAGAAGACAAGAGACAGUGCUCUUUGUGCCAGAAAUAUGGAGAUCUUAAGCCUAAUGAGGCUGGGAGGUUGCUGUAUCUGGGGCAGAACGAGUGGGCCCAUGUGAACUGCUGCCUUUGGUCUGCAGAGGUUUUUGAAGAAGAUGAUGGAUCUCUCCUGCAUGUGCACAGUGCUGUCACCAGAGGGCGCCUGAUGCGAUGUGAGCGUUGCAACAAGAAUGGCGCGACAGUGGGAUGCUGUCUGACGUCAUGUCAAAGUAACUAUCACUUCAUGUGCGCACGCUCGCGGCAGUGUGUAUUUCAGGACGACAAGAAGGUCUACUGUCACAAACACCGGCAUCUCAUCAGUGGCAAGAUGGUGACUGGUCAAGAGUUUGAGGUGAAGCGUCGAGUCUAUGUGGAUUUUGAGGGCAUCAUGCUGCGCAGGAAGUUUCUCACUGGAGUGGAACCAACCCUAAUAAAUGUUAUGAUUGGGUCCUUGCACAUAGACAAACUUGGGGUGCUGACAGAACUUUCUGCACGAAAGGGGAGGCUGUUUCCUGUUGGAUUUCAAUCGUCCCGUUGGUACUGGAGCACUGUUGACCCUCAUCGUCGUUGCAAAUACACGUGCACAGUGAAAGAGGUGAGGCCCAUCGUCCCCGAGAAGCCUGUGGAGGAGAGUCCGGACUACGCAGACAAUCAGACCAUCGCCCACAGCCCCUGCCCACUGCAAGAACCAGAGAAUAUUCCAGUCGUUGCCCACCAUCAGCCUAACGUCAGAGAAGUCCCUGUGCCUGUUCCGACUCAAAAGGGCGACCCAGGACUCAGGCCCAAAAUGUCCAGGAGGCCAGCCGGAGGCAUGUUCCGCCCCCUGCCAUGUCCAGGAGUAGCUCCAGUGAAGCCGCACCACAUUUUGACCAUCAGUGAUCUGGACGAGACCCGGAAGCCUCGCCGCCACAGCCCGCAUUCUCACGGCCACAUCUCCCCGCCUCUGCCCGGACCCAUCACCCUACGCUCGGGGAAAACCCACCACGCGAACACGAUGCCGCAUGGCACUCCGUUCUUCUCCCAGUCCACGUGGCAAGAAAACGAACCCAACUUCCCUUCGCCAAGCCUCUCCUUCUCUCCCACAAUCCCGCACCUACCCCGGACCAGGCUUUCUUUUGACCUGAGUCAACCGGACUCCGCAGAGGUGCCGCACAACUUUUUGGCUUCACCAGAGCCAGAAGAUCUCUCCCCUACUCUAAAACCAGACGCAGAGCAACCGAAAGAUGAAGACGAUUUCCCAUUUAAUUCGUUUCACAAGGAUUCCAUCAUAACCUUAAGUCAAGACAUGAGGACGGAGCUCGAAGUGGAGGAAACACUUCUCAAUGAAGGUGUUGCAAUGAACUGCGGCGGGCAAAUAGUGGUUGAAGGUGAUGAUCCGGAAGAGUUUUGGGAGCAAACUCAAGGCGUGCAUAAACGGAAAGCACUGGUGGCCAAGCUUCCUCACUCGGCAGCUCCGACGAAAGAAGAUUUCGGGAACAGCUCUUCGGACGAUGACAUGGAGCACUAUUUUGACUUCUCGCGGACAAUUGUAAGCCGCACAGGAGCUAAAGAGCACUGCAAGCCUCCCUCUUCUUCCUCAAAAACAGUAGCUCAGUUGGAUGGAAUAGACGAUGGGACAGAGAGCGAUGCGAGUAUUGCGACAAAUGACAGCACUGGUAAAGAACAUCACUCACUAACGGCUCAUGCAGGUGAAGGAAAAGAAGUACCCAGUGUGGAGAAGGCAAACGUUGUCUCCUCUGAGGAAUCUUUGCAGGCUAAAGAAAAUCGCCCAUUAACAGCUGAUAUGGUUGAAGAUAAAAUGGAAAGUUCCUCUGAUGCUCCAACUACUCUUCCAACAUCAAUCACGCCAACCACAAUCGCUACAUCUAUGCCAAUGCGCGCCAACCCGGUCUCCUCCUGUUUGCCAGCAAUCAACCAGCCUCGACUGUCCUCUAUCCAGCCCGUAACCUCUCCUCAAGAGUUAGCCACCUCUCUGCCUCCUGAAGCCACAUCCACUAAACUGACCACUAUUAUGCCCGCUGAUGUAACGCAGUCUUUACUCAACGUUGUCCCUCAAAGUGAACCUGCGUUCGCAAAAUCUGCAACCUUUUUGUCGACUGCAUCCACAGCAACGGUCUCUGUACCGGUGAUAUCAGCUCAAGCACAGCAGAUGUGUUCGACCGCUCUGACCAUAGUGUCUUCCUCGGCCACGAUGGCUUCUCCGCCAUUGUCGCUCCACACUACCACCGCCCCAGUCAUUCUGAACGGCUACAGCAGCACGUCUCUGCAGAAAGAGUCCACCACAGGCCACACUAUCUCCAUCAACUUCUCUGCGCCGCGACCAGCACUGGAGCCUCAGCAGACUGUGUUGCCCCAAGCUUUACCAGGACACGCCAUUCUGACUGUGAAGGAAGUAGGAGGUGCAAACGUCGACCCAACUCCGCACGUGCUUCUUGUGAAUCGCCUUGGGCAAAUAUUUGUGAAAAAUCCAGAGAGCAACACUUUUCAGCUUCCAACUCCAAACUCUCCGUCUUUUAACUGCGUCACACAGAUAGCCAGUCUUUUACAAAGCAAUGCUCUGUCUGCAACGUUGGCAGCUGCCGGAGGUGUGUCUGUCCCCACCCCUGUCCAUGUUCCUGCGCCAAACGUAGCACCCGCCAUCCCCACGGUUCAAAACCCUUCCACAAUCACUCAACUGCUUGCGCACACCAGCAAUGAUGCUGCUCCAUCUCUUUGCACAAAGAAAUCUAGAAAAAGUGCAAAACCUCAAAAAGAAGAAGGUGCUCCAGAAUCUAAAAAACCAAAGAAAAAGAAAGAAACGAGUACAUCCAAAAAGCCCAAAGCUCCCAAACCUCCUGAGAAUCCUUCCAUGACGCCUGCUGAAAGCGCAGAGGCCAUAAUUAACCAGGCCAUGGCCAGCAAUUACACCCCCAAAUGGAGUGGUCUGCGGUCCCUCAGUCCAUCUACCCUCGUCUUACCUCCUGGUCUGUUGAUCGAACCGGAGUCUCCAGCCUCUCCGCCUUCUUCCCCGCUGCCUCUGCCCCCACCCGCGCCCACGCCCGCCCCCCGGGCUCGCACUCACGUCCGCAUGAAGAGAGUGUCGUCUCUGUCUGACCGCAUUGUCACCAAAAAGUCAAAAGUGGACUUCCUCCCACUAGAGCCCCCUAGCGAGACCGAGGAGCGCCGCAAACAGAGCCUCCCCAGCAUCCCGAGCAGAAACUCAGGCGUCCGGAUAAAAACACCAACUGUGAAGGGAAUCCUUAACCUGGAUGAUCUGAAGCAGGAGCGUCUGAGCGACUCUGAGUCUGAGCUCUGUAACCUCAUGGCUCGAAGUGAACAAGGAAAACAUCCGUCUGGAGAAGUGAUAGAACACAGCACUGUGAGCGACUGGAGGAAAUAUUCAGGGGCUUCUUCAGGCUCAGAAGAUGAGUUGGAACUAUCAGAUGAGGAAGAGGAAUGUCCAAACAAGGACCAACCACAUCUUAAGUUCGAGAUCAAGAGUGAUGAUGGCUUUAGUGUGGAAGCAGACAGCAUCGAGGUGGCCUGGAAGGCGGUCAUCGACGGAGUGCAGGAAGCACGAGCUAUCGCGCGGCUGCGACCUCUGACGCUUCAGAAGAUCACUGGAGACCACAUGCUGGGCUUCGUCCAUGACACUGUGGUGUUCCUGCUGGAGCAGCUGCACGGAGCUCACCACUGUCAGAAACACACUUUCCGCUUCUUCAAACAGUUUUCCCAAGAAGACGACCUACCAGUCAACCCCACGGGCUGCGCCCGCUCCGAGCUCUACGUCAGGAAGUCCACAUUUGACAUGUUUAACUUCCUGGCGUCUCAGCACCGACAGCUCCCAGACAUCGAUCUUUAUGACGAUGAAGAGGAUGAAGUUCUUCUCAAAUCCACCAGACGGGCCACCAGCUUGGAGCUGCCUAUGGCAAUGCGCUUCAGACAUCUGGAAAAAACCUCUAAAGAGGCUGUGGGCGUUUACAGGUCUGCUAUCCACGGCCGAGGUCUUUUCUGUAAGAGGAACAUUGAAGCUGGAGAGAUGGUGAUAGAAUACGCAGGCAUUGUGGUCCGCUCAGUGCUCACUGACAAAAGAGAAAAGUACUACGAUGGCAAGGGCAUCGGCUGUUACAUGUUCCGCAUCGAUGACUUCGACGUUGUGGACGCCACCAUGCAUGGGAACGCGGCGCGUUUCAUCAACCACUCCUGCGAGCCCAACUGCUUCUCCAGGGUGAUCAAUGUGGAGGGCCGAAAGCACAUUGUCAUCUUUGCCCUGAGGAAGAUCUACCGCGGAGAAGAGCUCACGUAUGACUACAAGUUCCCCAUUGAAGAUGCCAGCAGCAAACUCAACUGCAACUGUGGCGCGCGGAGAUGCAGGCGCUUCCUCAACUGA